CAAUAAGAGGCAACAACCAGCUGAGAAGGAGCCAAAGUUAAAUUCCUUGGGAUACAGAACUUUUCAGGAUGAAACCAUUUUUCUAAGAUACAGUUUGGCUUUGUUCAAGGCAGAGUUGUGGACCUGAGACAAGCUCUAGUCAAGCUCGUGAAUCUGAUGACUUAAGCCGUGACGGAACAAAAUCAAAAAGACUUGCAACUCGACUUUGAUGACUUCAGUUGGACUUAACACUCCUGAUUUGGAGUGAGACAAUAUCAUCCUUUAAUUCAAAGAUUAGAAAUUAAGUUACAGCGUGCACAAGGAAGCGUGCAGCCAAUCAACUCUAAUUUUUUUGCUGACAACAGAUAUAUUUGGACCAAGGUGCAUUUGGUAGUUCAGACCAGCAGACAGACAACUGAUGAAGCUGCAGAUUAUCAAAAUUAUAUGUUGAGACUAUGCUGUGGCCAAAAAAAAAAUACAAAGCUGAUGAUGACUUGGAGAUGACCAUGGUGUGCCAUCGACCAGAGGGCCUGGACCAGCUAGAAGCUCAAACCAACUUCAGCAAAAGAGAGCUGCAAGUGCUCUACAGGGGCUUCAAGAAUGAGUGUCCAAGUGGCGUUGUAAAUGAGGAAACCUUCAAGCAAAUAUACUCCCAGUUCUUCCCACAUGGAGAUGCCAGCACCUACGCGCACUAUUUGUUCAACGCAUUUGACACAGCGCAUACUGGCUCCAUAAAGUUCGAGGAUUUUGUAACAGCUCUGUCCAUCCUGCUGAGGGGCUCUGUCACCGAGAAGCUCCAGUGGACAUUUAACCUCUAUGAUAUCAACAGAGAUGGAUACAUCAACAAAGAGGAGAUGACAGACAUUGUUAGAGCAAUAUAUGACAUGAUGGGGAAGUAUACUUGCCCUGUCUUGAAAACCGAUGCACCCAAACAACAUGUGGACGCCUUCUUUCAGAAAAUGGACAAAAACAGGGACGGCGUGGUCACUCUUGAUGAAUUCAUCCUCUCUUGUCAAGAGGAUGAAAACAUAAUGAGGUCUCUACAGCUCUUUGAAAAUGUCAUCUAGACAACAAAGAGGAGGGACACGGUGCAACAGACGGAAGCACAGAGCCAGAGAAGAGAAAAGAAGAAAGAAGCGGGAGAGGGAGAGAUGAACAUGCACGAGACCAUUGAAACGGCACAAAGAGCUUGUCACUUGUCACUGUGUGUGAGACGGUUGCCACAAAACUUCAUGGAAGGCGUCUUGCUGUAACAAGUCCAUGGCGACAAACCGUCACUGGUUUUGGAAAAUGUCCUUCAGUCUUAAACCCUUCAUUUGACCUUUCCGUGACCAUUAAUCUCCUCUUCAUCUCCCUCGUUUGUUGCUGUCGUUACAGUUACUGUCAUUUUGGAAAGUGUUUACUUCAUGCCAUUGUGUAAAUACUGAUUCUUUCACAUUUGGUCAAAUCUCUUUCUGAAAUAUGUGAAUUGAACCACAUUAUCAAGCAGGACUGGAAUUCCUAAAAGCAGCUUAGCAGUGAGAAUAACCAAAUGCAUAUAUUGUGCAUUAGAGGCUUAAAUAAUAGCUGUUUUCAUCAUGAAUUUCUGUGCCAAAACAACAAACAAGAGCAAUAUUGUUAAGCAUGCAAGACAGAGGCCUACGGCAUAUUUAAUAUAUGUGUGCCAUAAAAAACUUGGUGGCAACAUAGUCAUCUUCUUGCUGAGUGGUCACAUUUGGGAAGCCAGGUCUGGAUGUAGCAUCUCAAAGAGCCGUCUCAUCCGUUUUCAGACAUCCACUAAGGUCAGAAAUUCAGACACAGGCCUGUAAAGGUUUGCACAGCUGAGUGUGACCUUAGCCAGCUUGCGAAAGUCUUGCGUCUUGUGACAGCUUGCGACAGUCCCCAAAAGCCCUCUUUACCCCUACUGUGUUUUCUCCAGUGGUGUCAGUCAGUGUUUCAAUGUUGUAACGCCUCGACUGUAGAUAUUUAACUGUUGUUGUUGUGGCUUUGUCUGUGUGUUUCUGAUUCUGGCUAUCUGUCUUGUCUUUCUGAAAUAAAGAGUCCACUCAGAGGUUUACUGGCGUACAGAAGCAGAGUGAUACAGGGAUGUGCAUGUGUCUAAGUGUGUGUGGGGUGUCCUGAUGUAAAGAUUUUUUUUUUUUCCCGCCUGAAUAUUAAAGUCAUUUAUUCUAGCACGCAGCUUCAUCUUGUGGACGAUACAAUCUGUCCAGCUGAACUGACCUUGUUUUGGCCACAGAGGACAGUUUCGUCGUCAGUUCUGUCUGUUGAAAAUUUCGACUCCGAGCGACUAACCUUUCACUGUGAGGGAGAGACCAAAGUGGGAUGCUAGGAGGAGGGAUUAUGGAGGAAAGAAUAGAGGAAGGCAAAAAUGACAGAUUAAGACAGAAAAUAAGAGUAAAGACCUUUUCACUGAUUCUGAAGGAAUGGAAGCCAUGUUUCAAACAAGAGCCAUCGUUUUGAAGAUUGAGCAGGACAAAAAUACCAAUUUAUAAAUGAUUUGCUGUCAUGCCCACUCACUGUGCUACCAGUAGUGUAAUAAAAAUCCUCGCUGAGAUGUGUGGCAGGUCAUCUCAAAUGUACCCAGACAUACUUCCAGACAGACUGACGGACAGGAAGAGAAACGUAUAGACAGGCAUACAAGCACACAGACAGCUUGAAACUGUCAGAAUGAAAUAAUGUGUGUAUUGAAAUAUUGU